GCGCACCCUUUCCUUGCCGCAGCGCUGCGAGACCCAGGAAGGUCCUUCCGUGCCAUACAAGUUUCUUCAUGUUGAAUAUGUCGCUCCGUUUUGGGCAGCACCUCAUCAAGCCUUCUGUGGUGUUUCUGAAGACGGAGCUAUCUUUUGCUCUGGUGAAUAGGAAGCCGGUUGUCCCGGGACAUGUUCUCAUUUGCCCACUCCGUCCUGUGGAACGAUUCCGAGACCUACGCCCUGAAGAAGUAGCGGAUUUAUUUCGUGCAACGCAACUGGUGGGCAAUGUGGUUGAACAACAUUUUGGUGGCACUUCACUCACCAUUUCAGUUCAGGAUGGUCCCGAAGCUGGACAGACGGUGAAGCAUGUCCAUGUCCAUAUACUUCCCAGGAGAGCUGGUGAUUUCAGCAGAAAUGACAACAUCUAUGAUGAGCUUCAACGUCACGACAAGGAGGCCGAGAAUUCCCCAAGCAAAUGGAGAUCAGAGGAUGAAAUGGCUGCAGAAGCAUCUAUCCUCAAAAAGUAUUUUCAGUGAAAAAGGCAACAACACUGAAGUAUCUUCAAUGAAUUCUGAAAUACAAGAAAAUAAAUACAGAAUUCCUUUCUUGUUUGUGACUGAAAUGUGAUUUAAAGCAAAGAAGAUACCAAUGUACUCCACUGGGACACUAGAUCUUUCCACACUGUGUUUUAUUGGCCUUGCCUAAGCAUUAUUUUAGUUAAGAUGCUUGAUCAUUUCAGUUUCAUAUAGAAUGUCUCAUAAACAGUUGCUUGAAUUUUUGUGAGCAAAUCUGUUACAAUUAUUCCUUUGUCUAACAUGAAAUAAAGCAUUAAAACAACUGCU